AGGUAUUGCAGAAGUGAUUGUGAAAGCAUGUACUUGGGAAACAUGAUCACGUCACACAAGAAUGUUUACAUUGCUUUGCUAAUAUAUAACUUGGACUGAGUAACGGAUAAAAUGAUAUAAGAAGAUGAAACUGCUGUUCUUUUACAGAGUAUAUCCAGGCAAGAUAUAGUGUUACAGAGAUAUUUGGAAGAUUACCAGAUUAAUCCCUCUACUGGAGAGUGAAGCUCAUCAUCUGUGAGUGAAUUAUUGCCUCAUUUCUGUUCAUCUAUUGCCAGGCUGGUGUUGGACAGUGGAGGAAUUGUUUGUUUGAGAGGUGCAGCUGUUCGGGUUCUUCAGAGGAUCUUGGCAGACAAGAUAGUGAAUCGUACACUGAAAUAUGAAUAAGAACAUUAUAGCAUUGUAUUUCUUCAGUUUCAUAUGCCUUGCAGUAUGCAAUCGUGUUUAUGUCCAUCCUUUCAAUCUUUUUGCUACUGGUCAAUACAUCUGUGAUGAUGACACUGUAAAGGAAGAGAAGGAGUUAUCUCCUGAAGAAUCAACUUAUGUACCACCUACUACUGAGUGUUCAUCUUUUACUCCAGAGUGGGAACUAAUAAAGCAGAAACUUCCUAAUAAGAUCCAAGAGGAUACCGACUCGUACAAAUAUAUAGCGCUGUUAAUAAAUGUUCUUGGAUUUCGGCUAUAUAAAACAUCUCAAAAGCAGUACAGCUCAAAAAACCUUCUACUUUCUCCUUUAAGCAUCUUUGAGACAUUGAGCAUUUUCAACAUGGGAGGAUCUCGGCACACAUCAGUGGAUCUGCAGAAAUUGCUGGGACUGGGAAAAGAAACAGAUGGCCCAAAGUGCACUUCAGAAGCAGAUGGACUCAAGGUUCUUGCCACUCUUGACCAGUUUGUUAAAUUAUUUUGUUUCAGUGCAGGCGAUCUUCAAAUAGUCAGGUCAAACUGGAUAUUUGUGGAUAAUGGGAUUUCCAUGUCAGACAAAUUUUUAAAUGGCACUGCAAGUUUUUCUGACCUGUUGUUUGUGCGAUCUGUAAAUCAUUCUACCCCUUCCACUGCAAAGUCCUUAAUUAAUCAAUUUGUUUAUGUGAGAACAUCAGGAAAAGUUCGCAGUAUAUUAAAAGACUUGGACCAGUCUUCAAACCUACAGUUUGGCACCGGCAUACAACUCACUGGCUUGUGGCCAAAAAACUAUGGCUGGCAACACACAGGAAUGAUGGAUUUCUGGAAUGAACAAGGUGAAAAAAUCUCCGUUCCUAUGAUGACUCACACUGGACAGUUUCAUUACAAGACAGAUGAACACAAGAAAUACUCUGUUGUGAAACUUAAUGUCCAUCAGAAUGUUGUUAUGCUUAUAAUUCAGCCAGUUGAUGGGAACACUCUGCAUAACCUGGAGUCGAGCAUCUCUUUGGAGACACUUUCUGAAUGGAUGAAUGGUCUUUCACUUACGCAUUUAAAGCUAACUAUCCCAAAAAUAGACAUUAAUGAAUCCUACGACCUGAAACAAGCACUUAAGGACUUAAAACUUGACAUAUUUGAGAAGAAAUUUGCCUUCAGAAAGAUGAGCAAAGAUGAGCUUACCUUAGGAAAGCUUUUGUCACAAGUUUUAUUUGAAUCAACCACGAAAUGCGAUGGAGGCCAGGCGCAUGUGCAGCAAAAUAACGAUUCUACAGUUGAAGAAGUUACAGUACAGAAUCCUUUCCUACUGGCUGUCCUUGAAAAGAACACCAAGACUGUAAUGUUUUUUGGUAGAAUCGUGAAUCCAGCGAGCAGAACAUAGACUCUGUUGUAUACAAGUGCAUUUAUAAUAUGGAAGUAUUAUAUUCUUUUUCAUCAUUUUAAAGAAGUUUAAAAUGUUUGCUGUUAGAAAUGAGAUAGUGCUUGUGUGGUUUUGCUGUGGAUUUACUUUUGAGUCAACAAUAAACUUUGAAGGUUGUCUUGCCUUCAUUUUCCGCUUCCA